AUGCCUUGUCCUUCUGCUAUCGUCCUCGUCACUGGAGCCACCGGUAUACAGGGUGGAGGCGUUGUGCGUGAGCUUCUCAUCAAGGCAAAAUCGGUCAAUCCACCUACGCCGUUGACCAUCCGUGCUUUCGUUCGCGAUCCAACAUCCGCCUCAGCUCAGUCUCUCGUUGCCUUGGAUCCCGAAACGGUGCAGCUAUUUCAGGGCGACUUUGAUGACCUGGAAGCUCUCACAGCCGCCAGUCAGGGAGCAACAGCAACAUUUGUCAACGUAAGCCCCGUCUUUACAGACCUCGAAGCAGAGUCACGUCAUGGCCACAAUAUUUUGAAAACUUCUCUCGCUGCUGGCGUUAAACACAUCAUCUAUUCCGCGGUCAAUCGGGCCGAUAAUCAUGAAGCUUUGAAGAACAUCCAACCGGGAAGCUGGAUAGAUUCUUACUACAAGAGUAAAGGCAGCAUCGUUUCCUCCCUCAAGGCUCCUCCAUUCCCGACACCGUCAAACUACACCUAUACUUUACUUCUCCCAGCGACAUUCCUUUCCAACUACCUUCCACCACAUCAACUUAUUAUGUACCCAGAUCUGAGUGCCGAAAACCCCAGCGUUACCACCGCCCUCGACCCGGCUCUGGUGGCCUCUCACCUUGACCCGGAUGACAUUGGACGCUUUGCGGCGUCCGCGAUACUUGCACCGCCAUCUGAGUUCGCCGAGAAGUGGGCAAAUAAAACCAUUCCGCUCGCAAGCAUCAACCUAACUCUGCAGGAGGCUUUCGAAGCGCUAACGAGGUCCGUCUCAAAUCGCAAGGUCGUCACCGUCAACUAUCUGUCCACUGAGGAAGCGCAGAAACAGGCGCCCACCAAUCUAUGGAUCGCAAGCCAUCUAUUUCUGAACGACAACCCAAACAUCGUCGACCUAGAAAAAGUUAAGACUUACGGCGUCCCGCUCGGUGGUGUUGACGAAUUCUUCGCAAAGAACAGGGGGAGGGUAGAGAAGGCUUUAGGGCUCUAG